AAAUCGUUUAAAGCCCACCAAGUUUAAUCUGAAAUCCAUGCAACAAAGUGCUUGCCAACGACGAAAGUUGACGACUGUGAAAAGGCGAAAGAAAUCCUGCAGGAAGAAGCCCAUAUGCAAAUCCCAGGCCAAAUCCAUGUGCAGAGCCAAUUUGAAUUGCAAAUCCAAUCGAAAGCCAAAGAAGUCUUGCCGCAAAAGCAAAUCCAAACUGCAGAAGAGAUUCAGCAAGCCCAAACCCAUGAAGAAAUGCGUAAAAAAGGCGGGAGAGCAGUACAUUAUUUAUUUAAACGAUGUACCAUCCAACUCUCAGUCGCCGAAUCAUUGCAUCAUUUGGCGUUCCUGCAAGGCUUUUAGCAAUUUUAUGAAUGAAUAUCGUGCCAAAUGCAGCGAUCCUGAUGCUUCGGAUGUCAUGCAAAACGGUGCCAGAGCCUGGCAAAUGCUCACGAACUUACAACAGAGCAAAUAUCACCAUCCGGUGAUUUAAAUGUGCAAAAAGUAGGAUCAUUGGUGGUAAAUGUUUCUUUAAGUUGGCUAAAAACAAUAUUUAAAAUUAAAGAAUAAAUCUCUGAAAAAGUGUAAAAAGGAAAAGUAUUUUUUGCAGUCAGGAUAAAUGGAUUCCCAAUG